AUGAAGGAAUAUCAUGGACAUUAUGCUUUCAUCACUGGAGUUCUAAUGUAUGGGAUUCUUCAGGGUCUAUGUGUUGUCUUGGCUGAUACGAACAAAGUGAUGUACAAAGCUACUGGCAGCUCCCUGGAUCUAACAGUGAAAUAUCCAAAAGACUCUGUGUCAUUGGUUGAGUGGUUCUUUAAUGGGAAACUGUUUGCUGAGUAUUCUAAAAGUCGAGCUUACUCACAUUCCCUGAAUUCCCAGUUCACUGGACGGAUAAAAGACGACAAUAAUAAAGUUGGAAUAACUGUACAAGACCUUCAACUCCAAGACUCUGGGCCAUAUUCAGUGUCUAUAGAUUUAACUGAAAAACAGCAGCCUACAGAGGAAUUUACAGUUUAUAUUCAAAACCCCAUAACAGCUGUGCAGAUUAAGAAGAAUCAGACAAACAGCUGUGAUGUUUAUAUGAAGUGUGCAGCGCUCGGAGCUGAGAGAAUCUCCUACCUGUGGAGCGGCUAUAAGACUGGGAGUGGAGCUCAGCUGCAGUUCAGUCUCUCACCAGCAGAUGGAAACGUGACACUGAACUGCACUGCAACUAACAACGUCAGCAACAUGACUGCUACAGAGACACUGAGCUGUAGUCACAAUAAUUCAGACCAUUUAUUACUUUUUGUUGUGUUUGCAGACACGAUACAAUCUUUUAUGUGGAUAGCAAUAGCAGGUGGAGCUGCUUUCCUUUUGGUUAUUGCUGUUAUUGCUGCAAUUAGCUACUGGUGGAGAUCUCACAAAGGUGGCAGUGUUGCCGAGAUUGGAACAACAGUGUAUGCAGAUGUCAAUAAUGGAGCCACUGCUAAGAAAGAUACGCGGUCCGACAGUGUUAAUAACGGAAUGACAGUUUAUGAAACCGUGGAUGACCUGAGAAUAAACCCUGAAAUGACUAUUUAUGCAAAGGUGACACUUCCUCAACAUGCAAAGGUCAGCGCUACCUCUUCUUCACCGUACCAGCAGGUUUGCUGACCUGUAAAAACAUAAGCAGCCUUACUUCUAAACAUUUAUUGUGUGUACU